AUGGCUAUGGUAGCGUGGAGAAACACCGAGGGCGUGGGGGACACUCAGGGGACCCUCUCCUCCCCGGUGUCCCAGGUUGUGCCUCUGUCUCUGCCCGGGGAGCUGUCGGGACACAUAAACCCGCCGCCCUCUCUGGAAAUUCCCCAGGCGGCAGCAGCAGCACCUCCAGGAGCGCCGCCGUCCAAUCCGUCCGGCACCGCCGCCGCCGCGACCACCGCCACCACCAACAACAACAGCACCUCCUCUUCCUCCUCCUCCUCCUCGUCCAUGGACAAACAGCAGAGCCAGCAGAUCGAGUGCAUCGUUUGCGGAGAUAAAAGCAGCGGGAAGCACUACGGACAGUUCACGUGUGAAGGAUGUAAGAGCUUCUUUAAGCGCAGCGUCAGGAGGAACCUGAGCUACACGUGCAGGGCCAACAGGAACUGUCCCGUAGACCAGCACCACCGCAACCAGUGCCAGUACUGCCGCCUCAAGAAAUGCCUCAAAGUGGGCAUGAGGAGGGAAGCCGUCCAGAGAGGCCGGAUACCGACCCAGUCCUACCACGGCCAGUUCGCUCUGACCAACGGGGACCCUCUGCAGUGCCAUUCCUACCUGUCGGGCUACAUCUCCUUGCUGCUGCGGGCCGAGCCAUACCCGACCUCCAGGUUCGGCUCUCAGUGCCUGCAGAACAACAACAUCAUGGGCAUAGAGAACAUCUGCGAGCUGGCGGCCCGGAUGCUGUUCAGCGCCGUGGAGUGGGCCCGCAAUAUCCCGUUCUUCCCGGACCUGCAGGUGCCGGACCAGGUGGCCCUCCUCCGCCUCACCUGGAGCGAAUUGUUCGUCCUGAACGCCGCCCAGUGCUCCAUGCCCGUCCACGUCGCCCCACUGCUGGCCGCCGCGGGACUCCACGCGUCCCCGAUGUCCGCAGACCGGGUGGUGGCCUUCAUGGACCACAUCCGGGUCUUUCAGGAGCAGGUGGAGAAGCUGAAGGUGCUGCACGUGGACUCUGCAGAGUACAGCUGCAUCAAGGCCAUCGUGCUGUUCACCACAGAUGCUUGUGGUCUGUCGGACGUGGCCCAUGUGGAGGGUCUCCAGGAGAAAUCGCAAUGUGCAUUAGAGGAGUAUGUGAGGAGCCAAUAUCCUAACCAGCCUAACAGGUUUGGGAAGCUGCUGCUUCGCUUGCCUUCCCUCCGCACCGUCUCUUCCUCUGUCAUAGAGCAGCUUUUCUUCGUGCGUCUGGUGGGAAAAACCCCCAUAGAAACUCUGAUAAGGGACAUGCUGCUGUCUGGUAGCAGCUUCAACUGGCCCUACAUGCCUAUUCAAUAG